AAAAAAGACCAUUGUUAAAUGCGCGGUGAACCAGAGGCAGGUGGUCAUAGCGUUAUCGGGAGGAGAGUUGGUGUAUUUCGAAAUGGAUCCGACGGGUCAGUUGCACGAAUACAAAGACCGUAAGCGGAUGAAUUCAGAUGUAGUCUGUAUGGCAUUAGCAAAUGUGGCACCUGGAGAGCAACGUUCUUGGUUUCUCGCAGUCGGCUUGGCAGAUAACACUGUCAGAAUUAUAUCGUUAGAUCCAACCGAUUGUCUAUCGCCCCGCUCUAUGCAGGCACUACCCGUGUGUCCGGAAUCACUUUGUAUUGUCGAAAUGGGUUGUACAGAACGUAACCCUGAAGAUGCUGCAGCUGCUAGCACCACAAGUACCUUGUAUUUAAACAUUGGUUUACAAAAUGGUGCUCUCCUCAGGACUGUAUUGGAUCCUGUUUCGGGUGAUUUGACCGAUACCAGAACAAGAUAUCUUGGCUCGCGACCCGUCAAGCUAUUCCGCAUAAGAAUGCAAGACUCGGAAGCAGUAUUGGCUAUGAGCAGUCGUUCGUGGCUAAGUUACUACUAUCAAAGCCGUUUCUAUUUAACACCCUUGUCAUAUGAAAGUUUAGAGUACGCGUCCGGUUUCAGUUCCGAGCAAUGUCCCGAGGGUAUUGUUGCAAUUUCCACUAACACUCUUCGUAUUUUGGCCUUGGAAAAAUUGGGCGCAGUUUUCAAUCAGAUUUCGUUUCCCCUUGAGUAUACGCCACGAAAAUUUGUUAUCCAUCCAGAGACGUCCAAUAUUAUUAUGCUAGAGACGGAACAUAAUGCCUACACUGAGGAUACAAAAAAGCAGCGCCGUUUGCAGAUGGCGGAAGAAAUGCGCGAGGCGGCAGGUGAAGAAGAACAAGAGUUGGCAAAGGAAAUGGCGGAAGCUUUUUUAAAUGAGGACUUGCCGGAAAAUAUCUUCUCUGCGCCGAAAGCGGGACACGGAAUGUGGGCUUCUACAAUGAGAAUAAUGGAUCCGGUACAAGGGACUACAUUUAAAAUGAAAAGAUUCGAACAAAAUGAAGCUGCAAUGUGUAUAUCUUUGGUCAAGUUUAACGGACAACCUGAACACCAGUGGUUUUUGAUAGUCGGCGUCGCCAAGGAUUUACAGCUCAAUCCUAGGUUAUGUAUUUCGGGAUAUAUAGAUACCUAUAAAGUGGAGAUGUCUUGUCGCGAGUUAGAACUAAUACAUCGUACACCAGUUGAAGAAGUUCCUUAUGCCGUUUGUUCGUAUAAUGGUCGGUUGUUGGCCGGGGUCGGUCGAUUGUUGAGGUUAUACGAUUAUGGAAAAAAGAAGUUAUUGCGCAAAUGUGAGAAUAAGCACAUUCCAAAUCUCAUCGUCAAUAUUCAGGCGAUGGGUCGGCGAAUUUUUGUCGCCGAUGUUCAAGAAUCUAUCUACAUGGUUCGUUACAAAAAGCACGAAAAUCAGCUGAUCAUAUUCGCGGAUGACACACAUCCACGUUGGAUAACCUGCACCUCAGUCCUUGACUAUGACACCGUCGCAACGGCGGACAAGUUUGGUAACAUUGGCAUUGUACGACUUCCCCCCAACACAACAGAUGAUGUGGACGAGGAUCCAACGGGAAACAAAAGCUUGUGGGAUCGAGGUCUCUUAAAUGGAGCAUCUCAAAAGGCUGAUACAAUAGCAACAUUCCAUGUGGGCGAAACUGUCACUUGGUUACAGAAGGCUACCUUGAUUCCUGGUGGCUGGGAAUCUCUAAUUUACACGACCGUUUCCGGCUCCGUCGGCGUUUUGGUACCAUUUACUUCCCACGAAGAUCACGACUUCUUUCAGCAUCUUGAGAUGCACAUGCGCAGUGAGAAUUCACCGUUGUGUGGGCGGGAUCACUUGUCAUUUAGAAGCUAUUAUUAUCCAGUGAAGAACGUAAUUGAUGGAGACUUAUGUGAACAAUAUAAUUCACUUGAACCAAGCAAGCAAAAAAGUAUUGCUAUCGAUCUUGAACGUACACCUGCAGAAGUUUCCAAGAAACUUGAGGACAUUCGAACUCGAUAUGCGUUUUAAGUGUUACUGCUUAUAAUAAUUUUUUUGUUUAAAAUAAUGUUUAGAUAUAGUUUGUAUGUGUGAAGUAUGAUGUACAUAUUUAUUUAAAAAAAAUGCAUAGUAUUUUUCUUUUGUAA